UCCGAAGCUUCUCAGGCUCUUUCAGGGCAUUGUCCUGAUUACCCAUACCAAGUUUCAUAAUGAUACAUUCAUGCGUUCGUAAAAUACAGCAUUUUACUACAAAUUCAAAAUGGCCGAUACGGGAAAAUUUGAUAUCAUUUGAUUCAGCAUGACGAUCAGAAGUUAUAAGGAAAAAAUAUCCAUUUUUCAUAUCUCCAGACCAGUAGGUGGCACUGUGCUGAAAUGCUGCAUGUAGCCUCAGGUCAUGCAUGUGAUAACAUGUACCAAGUUUGGUCUGAAUACGAUAAAGCGUUGAGGAGAUAGUGCCUUACGUCUAUUUUUGCAAGCGCUACAUAAAAUUUGUUCACACGUUUUUUGAAAAUGGUUUGACAAAUCAACUUGAAUUCCUCAAAUUUUUGUCGGCAUGGUCUGAAGAUGAUCUGUUUCAAUUUUUGUGAAAAUUGGAGCAACAGCGUAGGAGGAGUUCUAAAAAGCAGGCUUUUCAGGAAAUUCAAAAUGGCGGGGAAAUUUUCAUGACGGAAAAUGAUGUCAUAAGGUGCAAUUGAAUCGUCUUGAGCCAAGGAAUCAGACGGAAAAAGGCAUUUUUUUCUAGCCCUUACAGUUAAAAAAUUAUAUAAGUUUGGACAGUUGGUGGCGCUAGAGGGAUUGAUUUAGAGACUCCAAAAUCGGUGUGGUUAAUGUUGGGACUGACCUCUAUCGGUGUGCCAAAUUUCAUAACUUUCCUGCAAGCGGUUCUAUGGGCUGCCAUAGACUUCCUGAGCGGAAGAAGAAGCACCUUGGCCCCUAAAUAUAGCACACGUGAGAAAUAUUGAGAAUAUUUGUAAUAUUUAUAGAGAAAACUAAAAAUGCUACCAAUUAGUUGUACUUUAAUACAAUUAUACUUUCUACAGUAUAUACAGCAAAAACAUUGAAUUAGCCUUAAAUUAUUUUACUGUCAAGUUAAUGUUCUUUUCCAGUAAAAAUUAUGAAUAACGAGUAUGACAGUGUUUUGACCAUCAGUACAUUUUAAGGUAAAAAGCUGAGUUUGGAAGUACAAGUAGAUUGGCAUAUUAAAAUUGUUUAAUGAAAUGUGUGGUUAUAAGUUAAAAUAAAUAAUUUAAGGUACUAAUGUGCAUCUUUUGCAAGGGUACAGUCCCAGUGCAGCUGCCAGUUUUUGUUUUUUACAGUAUUUGGUUUAGUGUGAUGAACGUUUAGUGAUAUUUUUAAUGAUUUCUUUAAAUGUAUCUGUCCAUGUGUAGACACACUCAACCAGUAUUCUCUCUCACUCACAGAUCAGAUGGGCAGCUGUUGAGUCGCUCUUUUAACGAUGGAGGUUCAUCGAAUGACUUCACAUCCCUCCACAACAGAAUCAGCGGUGUGGAGUAACGCAUCCCCCUCGUUUCCUCCUCCGUUUCUCUUUCCGAGUGAGAACUGGACCGACAGCAGGACUGUGGAUUAUGCGCCGGGAGUCGCCGGUAUCCUCAUCCCCCUCAUCUACGUCACCGUGUGUGUCGUCGGCCUGGUCGGGAACACUCUCGUCAUCCACAUCGUAUUGCGAUAUUCCCAGGCGGAGUCAGUGACAAAUAUUUACAUUCUCAACCUGGCCAUCGCAGACGAACUCUUCAUGCUGGGUCUGCCGUUCCUCGCCGUGCAGAACGGCCUGCUCUCAUGGCCCUUCGGAUCCUUGAUGUGUCGCCUGGUGAUGACGGUGGACGCCAUUAACCAGUUCACCAGCAUCUUCUGUCUGACAGUGAUGAGCAUCGACCGCUAUCUGGCUGUAGUGCAUCCGCUCCGGUCCUCUAGGUGGCGCCAGCCUCGCGUGGCCAAGGCCGUGAAUGCAACCGUAUGGGCCGUUUCUUUCGUGGUGGUCCUGCCAGUGGUGGUGUUCGCUGGUGUUCUGCAGGAUGAUGGGAACUGCAGCAUCGUGUGGCCGGAGCCUGCCGAAGUUUGGAAAGCGGCAUUCAUUAUCUACACGGCGACCGUCGGGUUCUUCGGCCCGCUGACGGUCAUCUGCUUGUGCUACCUGCUGAUCGUGGUGAAGGUGCGCAGCUCCGGACGAAGAGUCCGCGCCACGUCGAUCCGCCGCAGGAAGUCGGAGCGCAAGAUCACGCGCAUGGUCGUGAUUGUAGUGGCCGUGUUCGUGUUCUGCUGGCUGCCGUUUUAUGUGCUAAACAUCGUCAACCUGCUGGUGCUGCUGCCGGGAGAGUUCAGAGGUCUGUAUUAUUUCGUUGUGGUUCUUUCUUACGCCAACAGUUGCGCAAAUCCCAUUUUGUACGGCGUCUUGUCGGACAACUUCAAAAGAGGAUUCCGGAAAGCCUUGUGCCGGUCGUCUAGACGUGUGGAAAACCAUGAUCAGCAGCCGGGAGCGGGAAUGGUUGCGCUACCGCUUGAGGAGAUUCGAAGAGAACUGGACCUGAAGGAGCAUCUGAAGGUGACCAAUGUUGAAGAGCAUGAGCAGAACGAACUCCGGAAUGGACAACACGAGGACUCUAGGAAAGCGGACGUGGCUAGGCGACGCGAUCGCUCCAUCAGCCCAACCCGUGACUGCAAUGGAGCACGGAUAUCACACACGUCAGAGACCAGCAGGGAAAAAUGCUCGGUCCUGGAGAUCAGCUGCUUGUAAUAUGGACAGAUUGAGCUGCGCUGCUGCAGCUUCAGUUAUGACUAUUAAAUAACGAUGAUUUAGUAACACUGCCAGCGAAGACCACAAGAAAACACGGCCUUUGCUCGUAUUCUUUGUUUAGAUCUUAUGUAACAUCAUUCAUUGAGCAGGAAACUGGAAAAUAUCAGCAUGUUUACAUGCACUAAUUUUCCUCAAUUCCUCAACACUGGUCACAUGCUGAAGGUGUUUUUCAAUAUGAGAAAAUAGUCCGAUCGGAUUGAAGCGUUUACAUGCUUAUUUCUUUCCUGUUGAUCGGAUUAUCCGAUCAAAAUGUGAUUCAGAUAGAGCUCAGUCGGAUUGAUUAUGGUCUUGACAUGAAGGCUUUUCUUUCUGAUUUUAAACGGUUUAUUUGGAUGCAUGUAAUGGCAGCUACUGAAUCAGCUGCACAUCCAGCUGAAGCAUUGCAAACGCACCGGAUUAUCAAGAACAGUGUUGGACUGUUUCCAUAUUUCUGUUUUCAUUUGAAGGGCAGAAACUGCAGCCAUUACAGUGGUCACUGCAUGUGUGUGUGUUCACUGACAUUUGAGGGCUCAAAGCGAAUCCAGUGCUGCUCCUCUGAUGACGUGAUGCAGCAUCUUACAUUAAAAGCUAUUGUGCAUUAUUACUCAUCUGGAAUACUUGAUUGUGAUUGGUCAGUGGUGUCAUUUCUGUGGUAUAAAUGAUUUUCAGCUCUCAGAAUAAAAUCCUUUACACUCCUAAUCAAUAAUUCAUCUCCAUUCAUUAAUGUGCUAACUAAGUAGUCGUGUUUUAAGUGGGAUCACGUAUUCUUCAGGUAUUCUUC